AUGGCUAGGACCGGCGGCACUCCUGGCUGCAGCCUUCCCCAGCCGCCCCCUUUUCGCUUUCUGGACCUGGCCUUUGCCCUGGUGGGUACCCUCGCCUUCCUGCUGGACUUGGUGGCCGAUGUGUGGGUGGCUGCCAGCUACCUUCGAGCCGGCCACUUGCCCUGGGGCGGGCUGGUGCUGGGGCUGCUGCUGCUCUCCUCCCUGACGACCCAGUUCUUUAGCUGGGCUUGGUUCCGGAGUGACUCCGAUAAAGAGGGCCUCUCCCAGCCAUCCCCCCGGACUUCGAAGCUGCUCCAUCUCCUACAGCUCGGCUACCUGUACAGGUGUCUCUGUGUCCUGAGGGUGGGUUUCCAGGCAUGCAAGAUGGAAGAUGCAACAGCAACUCAUCAGGCCUUUGCCAUUUUCCUGUCACACGAUGUCAGUCUCUUGCGCCUCUUUGAGACCUUUCUGGAAAGUGCACCUCAGCUCAUCUUGGUGAUCUACAUCAUUCUACACACCAACCAGGCUGAGAUAUUUCAAGUACUCGGGAUUUGCACAUCUUUUCUGUGUAUCACCUGGGCCCUCUUGGAUUACCACCAGACCCUGCGCAGCUUCCUGCGGGACAAACACAAGUUGGCCUUCCUGUCUUCAGUCCUCUACUUCCUGUGGAACUUCCUACUGAUGUGUCCUCGCAUUCUCUCGUUGGCGCUCUUUGCAGUAGUCUUCUCAGGCUACAUUUUCCUCCACUUCCUAGGCAUCUGGUUGGUCAUGUUUCUCUGGGUCUCCUUGCAAGGGACAGACCUAAUGGAAAAUGCCACCUUUGAGUGGUUUUAUCGAGCUACAGUAGCUGUUAUCCUCUAUUUUUGCUGGUUCAAUGUGGCCGAGGGGAAAACGCGCCACCGCUCCACUAUUUACCACACUUUCCUUUUUGUGGAUAGCAUCAUCCUUGUUGUCUCUUGGUUGUGGUACAGAAUUCCCUCAAGCUGGGAUUCCCAAGUGUGUCCUGCACUCCUGGCUGCCCUGGUCUGUUAUGCCCUUGGCAUUUUCUUGAAAUGCAUCUACUACAAGUGUUUUCACCCCACUAUGAAAACUGUACCCCUUAUGGAUUACGAUGAAGUAGACAGGAAUGGAGAUGCUGUUGUGGUCCAGCAAAUGGUUAUAGAACCCGUCAUCAACCAUCGGACGUAUAGACUCUCUCAGAACUUCUUUGCUGGCUCUUUGGCAGAAGAGACUCAGUACCAAAGGAAUGGGAUUGUCAGUGAUAUGUAUCUAUGAGCCUUUAUGCCCAGGGCAACCAAGACAAGACUUUAAUUGGA